AUGCUCUCAAUGUGCAUUCACAAUGUCGUUUUGUAUGUGAUGAGGGACAUGAGGAGGGUUGGCUUCAGGAAAUUGCCGAAAGAAGCCGCCAAGAGACUGGAGCUGCUCCGCCGGGGUGGUCGCCAGACGCUCGAGCGGGAGAUGUAUGAGGUCUACACAGACAUGCUGAAGAGGAACGAAGACAUCGGCAUGUCCGAGAUGGACUUGCAGGGGCCAACCAGCUUUCACACGAAGAUGGACACAAUCCGGCCUCAGGUGGAGCAGCAGUAUCACACUGCCAACAAGCGACUGGCAAUUGCCAAGCGCAUAGCUGGUUCAAGCAAGCAGCCGGAUGAACUCCUCAAGUCCAAGGAACUUCUCAAAUCCGAGUUGGAAGCGGUGGAGGAAGCUCAAUAUGCUGCCAGAGCGUACACCCUGAUGGUGCAGUUGUUUGCGAAGGUGAUUGACAGAGUUAGCAAUGCAGUUGCCGAGAGGGAGGCGCAGAAGAGUAUAAGGCCCGAGUUCGUCAGUUCCAUUGGCUGUCAGAGCGAAGAGGCUACCACCUUGCCACGACCUCCCAAACUGGGCAUUUAUGCACCUUUGGAUCGUGAUGCCGUGAUGCCUUUGGACAUGACCCCUGAAGAGAUGGAGAGCAUUCAGCACACAGAGCUCGCCUACAACGUCAUGCGCGAUCUGUGCCAAAAAGAUCGGCUUUGCAUUUACCAGGUGUUGCAGUUUGAGGACUGGAUGAAAGAAGAAAAGACCAGCCUGCAGAAAUGCCUCCCUAGCAGAGAGAGGAUAUUGCGGAUGGCAGCUUACAAUCGAAUCGUGCGGUCCUUCAGAUCGAGCCACUUCAAUGAGGAGUUGCAAGCUCACAAAAUCUGGAGAAUCACGAAUCUCGCAGAAUACUACGAUCCACCAGGAUCAGGUCAGGUGCCAGACUACGAGGGUCAAUUCUCCAUGUUUGCAUUACCGGUUGGCUCCGAAGCCAGGGAGUCUGAACAGCCUGAUGCCCUGGAGAGUCGGGAUGUUGAUGAUUCGCAGAAGCCGGACCAGCAGUCCGCAGCCAUGGGUGCUGGUCACCACAGCGGUUCCGCUAUCCUUGCUGAAGGUGCUGACGUACUGGAUCAGGAAGCGGCUGCUCAAGACAGAGAGGCGUCCGAAGGGGUUGGACUGCUGGAAGGAAUUUGCGUAGUCUGCAUCGAGAAAUCCGCCCUCUUCGUCAUGCAUGAAUGUGGGCAUUUAAUAUUUUGCCCGGGCUGCCGGCGCAAGGCAGUCGCCAAAGCCUUGAAAGAAUCCGGCAAGAGUCAAUGGAAAUCAGUGAAGCCAGGACAGUUGUCGAACAAGGAGUUGGAGCGGACAAAGGUGCGGUGCCCUAUUUGUCGUGAGGAGAGUGUUGCGGUCGCACAGAAAAAGUUCAGCGGCAAAGUGUACACAUGA